AUGGGCCGCGCGGCUCUCGGGCGGCUCCAGCUGCUGCUCCAGCUGCUCGCCUGGCUCAGCUUGGGACGCUCGGCCGGUGAGUGGGGAGGGGAGAGCCCGGGGGGAGGGAGGGCGCCCCCCCCGAAACGCGCGGGCAGCGGGGGAGUCUCGGGACCAGCGCCGCCCCCGCGGGAAGAGAAACGGGCGCGGCGGACCGGGAGCUGUCCGAGCGCGGCGUGGUGCUGAAGGCGUCGCUCCGCUGCUGAAAGAGAGGCCGCAGCUGGGAGGCCCGGGGUGCUGUCCCCCGCCCUGGUGCUGAAAGGGAGGGAGGGGGGGCGGCCGGGAGCUGGAGCUGCCUUCCAGCUGGCUGGGGGAGGGGAGGCCGGCCGGCCGGCGGGAAGGAAGAGGGUCGCCACAGCCUGCCCGACCGGCCCCGUUUGCCCUCUACCCGGUAGUUCUCUGGGGAGUUGCUCGCCCCUUUCCGACCGCUAAGGAUUUACGCCCCUCUCCUAAAAAACAACAACCCCAAAGGGCUUUGAGAUAAUCGUGCAGGGAAGCCUCGGAGGUGUCCCUCUGAAUUGUAAACAGGUUACCAGCAGCUCGCGUUUUAUACUGUAAACCGCCCUGUGAUCUUCGGAUGAAAUUUAAGGAAUAAUAAUGUUGUUUUCCAGAGUAAAACAAGUGGGCAGACGCGCGCGCGUGCGCCAGGUCUCUGCCCUGAGGACAUUACAGUGAAGGGAGCGAUGCAAAGACCCUCCCCGGGUCGGGAAGAAGGGAGGGGGCAGCGGUCGAAGGAUGUGCGGUGUGGGGGGGGGGAGCCCCGGCCGCCCCGGGGGCUUAAGCUUCCCUUUGGCCUGAUGUGCGAGUCACACGGACCAGGUGGGCUUCGGGAAGAGAUUGACAGGCAAGCGCCUUUGUCCUCCUCCGAGCCGCCUCUCAGUACCAUCGCUUCUCUCUCCCCCGCGAACAGAGUCCCCUUUGUCUGUAGCCUCGGUGGCCCCUUCCUGUCCUCUCCGUCUAAAUUCAAUCACGGGAAUAAAUUAUCCGUCAUUACGUUGCUGGUUAAAUAAACCACGAGGGCUCUCCCCCGGCGCUCUCAUUGCCUAUUCCUCUCCUGGCUCCCAACUGGGGAACUGCCGCCUCCGCUGCUUUCGCUGGCCCAGUUCCCACUCUCCCCGCCCGCUCUUACUCCCCUCCCUCGUUAAAUAGGAGGUCAGGCGCGAGGGGGGGGGAGCACAUUUGCCAUUUUUAAUGGACACCCUCCUGCCUGGGUCUUGCCCGCCGAUCGUUCUCUGGAGCCGGCGGCGUCCGUGGCUUGCCGGGCUUCAUAACUCCGGGCGUAGAUUUAGUGAUACUGUCACUAACAUCCCAGGACAUUUAAUUACCUGGUAAUUGAUGGCUUUCAGCAAGAAUAAUGAGAUCAUUUUCAUGGAGAGGGAAAUGGCUGGCAGAAUAUUAUAUGUGCUCCCUUGAACUUACAAAAAAGUAUUUUAUGGCGGAGGCUGACAGCACUUAGCCUGAUUUACAGCCUGGUCCCUGUGCGAUGCGCGGGCUUUGUUCGGAGGGAAGCACCGCGCUCCCCGGGCAGUGGGCAUCCAGCUGGAGCCUCCUCCUCUGUUUACAUGCAUGCGCUUCCCAACACGCCUCGCCAAGGACGUGCCUGGGCGGGGGGGGGGGGGGGCUUCCGCUCCUUUGCUCCUGCAAAGCCCCCGGCUGGGCUGUCUCCUCCGCGCCCUCGGGAGGCUCCGGAGUCUGGGCAGCUCCUGCUGGGAUUUCCCAUUAAGGCCGCUCGCCUGCAGGCUUGGAGGGGAUCGCCCUCAUUAAGGCAUCUCCUCUUUGUCUUCUUUGGAGACUUGGAAUGCGCACGUCGCCGCUCUCCGCUCGAAGGUGGAGUGUGCCUUUGCCCAGCAAAUGCCAGGGGGAAGAAAGGGAUUGCCAGCCUCGUGGCUGUGAGGUAGUUCAGAAGCCAUCCUGUGAUCUCCUUUCCCCAAAUCUGGGUAUCCUAAAGGCAGCAGAUGAUCUCAGGAGAGGCCGCUAGAUUCAGAUGCAAUGCCAUUGCAAAGGGGCUCCAGGCUCGCUUGUUUGUUAUAUAAAAUCACCUAGGUACAUGGUGCUUCACAGAGAAGGAAGGGGGUGGCUAGGAAGCUGCCAAGCCAGGCCCUCGGUCCAGCCAGCUUAGUGCUGUUGGCACUGCCUGGCAGUGACUCUCUAGGGUUUGCCCAGCCCUACCUGAGGAAGCGGCUGCUGGGAAUUGGCACACCCCUUUGCCAUUGAACUGAGGCCGCCACGCCCAGCCUCAAGCCCUCCUGCUGUCUUGGACCAAAACUUGCACAGUUCUUUUCUCUUCAUGCAGCUCAGUGUGGUGCCUUCCAUCGUUCUAGUUACAGGUAGGUAGCUGUGUUGGUCUGCCAUAGUCGAAACAAAAUAAAAAAAUGUAGCACCUUGGAGACCAACUGAGUUUGUUAUUGGUAUAAGCUUUCAUGUGCAUCUGAAGAAGUAUGCAUGCACAAGAAAGCUCAUACCAAUAACAAACUUAGAUGGUCUCUAAGGUGCUACUGGAAGGAAUUUUUUUAUUUUGUUUCCACUACGGCAGAUCAACACAGCUACCUACCUGUAACUAGUUCUUUUCUGUUGACUCUGCUGGCUGGUGCAGAUGGAGGUUCAAAACUCAUGGGGGGGGAGGGUGGAGAAAGGUGGCAACAGGUGAGGUUGCUUUGGGUUUUUGGGUUCAGUUUCGCCAGUAUGCAGAUGACACUAAGCUUACUCUCCCCCUCCUUUCCAUCUAAAUUGAAGGAAUUUGGACCAAGUUUUGAAUCAGCACCUGAUGUUGGGACUAGACUUGGGGAGGGGGAGGCUCCUCAGGUUCAGUCUAGGCAAGACAGCCAGGUCCUGGCCAGGAGAAAAGAAAGGACAGGGAGGAGGGGCUCACCUGGUCAAGGAGUGGGUUGCUGGCCGUUUGGGGGAACACCCUGGCUGAGCCCUGAGCCUGGAUGUCCUGACUCCAGCAGUGGCCAGGAGGGCUUUUGCGUAGACAUCAGAUCUGGCCAGAUGGAGACAUUCCUUAGUCACAUCUUGCUUGGACUACUGCAAUGCACUCCCCAAAGAUCUGUCUUGGAAGAGUGUGCAGUGACUCUGGCUGGUUCAGAGUGAAGCAGCCACACUGUUGGCCAGGAUGGUUAUAGGCCACACAUGGUGUGUUAAGACACUGCUGUGAAGGCCACAACAAUUCCAAAUGCUCCCCUGGUCAUGGAAAGUCAAGGAACCUGUAGGCAGCUGCACUCUCAUAUGUUGGUGAGAGAGAGAGAAUCAGUCUAUGCAGGGCAGAUAAAAGAAAGUCCUUUUUCAUGCAGCAGAGGGUUAAACUGGGGAACUCACUCACUCAGGAGGCUACCAACCUGGAUGGCUUUAAAACAGGAUUACACAAAUUCAUGAAGUAAGGGGGGGUCAGUAACUCCUAGCCACGAUGGCUCUGCUCUGUUCUCCACAGUCAGAGGCAGCAAUGCUUCCCAAUCUCAGUUGCUGGGAAUUUCCGCCCUCCCUUCCCCACAGGCGGGCAGGGUUUGCGGCACCCAGCGGGGCUCACCUGGGCAGGUGCCACCCACUUGCUUGAGUGGCGGCAUGUAGGUCAAACUCCCAGGACUAGGUUGGUGGAAGGGCAUGCUGUGUAAGUUUGCGCUUUGCAGUCCCCUCUCACUGGACUUCAUCUGCCUGCAUAUCCUCAGCCAGGUGGGCUGAGAGGGUGACCUGCCAAGGCCUGUGCCACGUUCCCCACUUCUGAAGCUCAAUCAAGUUGUGGCCAAUUUGAACCCCUACUCUGGUCUCUUGUCUCAUCAUUUGGGGUAAAGGGGUAGGCGCCACAGACAGGGUUUAGUGCGUGUGCCCGCAACUGCAAGAGGGGAGAGUUGCUCUUGUGCUCAGAUCCUGCUGGCUGCUUUCCUCCAGGCUCCUGGUUGGCCGCUUUGAGAAGAGGAUGCUGGACCAGCUGGUCAGAGGCAGCAGGCUCUGUAUUCCUUCCUAGGGGCUCCUUGGGGCUGCUAACGCAUCAUAAGCAAAGCUGCCAGUCUUGGCCUCCCCCUUCCUUGCUGCCCACUUGCAGAGAGAAGCAGAGCAGGUUCCCAUCCGUCUUCUGCGAAACAAAGGCAGCCGCUCCAGAGCCAUGCUGCUCCUCUCUUCCCACACACCAGCCCUGGCAGGGGCUCCUCUCUCUGUCAGCUGCUGCCAUCUCUCACUUCUGAAGCUGGAGCGUGUGUUUUUCCAUCCUCUGCAGAGUAGGAGAGAAAUCUCGCUGCUCUGCACAGGAUGGCCUUGCGAUUUCUUGCUUGUUCCUCCUCCUGCUGGAAAUGAGUGAAUCUGGGCUGCUCCUACGGUGACGGAGCAGGGAGUGCCAGGCAAUGCCCACCGGUUAGGCAACAGGUGAUCUGUGGAGGCUGUUUGUGGCUGGCCAGGGCAGGAGGUUGACGGAAGGCUCUCUGCUCUGAGGACUGCUGAAGGAAAGUCUCCCUACGCUAAACAGUGUUUGAGUCUUAUGUCAAUGCCGCACCCUAAAUGCAGAGGUGCACCUAAGCUGCCUUGCACCCUCGCCAGAGGAGCCAGAGUGGAGAGGUGCAGUUUUUGCGCCCUCCCCUGGAUCUGGACCCUUGGUGGGAACCAGCCUGGCCAACCCCUAGGAGGACCUCAAAGUCUCCUCUCUCUCUCAGCUGGAAGGAGAUCUGUUAAUCUUCCAAGGAAGAGGGCAGAUGUGGGUGGGGAGUGAGGCGUUGGCACCCCCCCCUCCAGCAUGCUCAUGGCUGCAUCUCGCACAGGUGCCCAAGGAGUGUGGUGGGAGGGGCAGCAACUGGGAAGGACAAGGUUUGUGUAUUGAUCCUCUCCUGGGUUGGGGGUGAGAGAGAUUCUCAUUUCCAGCUUUGGUCUGCCAUUUGGGGUUGACCUAGACAGGGGCGUAGGGCAGGGGCUGGAUCAAUGGGCCUAAUUCCUGGCAGGGCUGGAAAAGCUAAUGUGUGGGGCUCACUGACUGACUGCCCCUGUGAGAGAUGUCCGGAGAGGGCUGGCCACAUGGCAGGGCAUUGCAACAUAAAGGGGGAGAAUUGUUGGGAUGGAUUUGGAAAGUAUAAUAGGAUAUAUUAUUUCUUAAUUAUCCUUCUGCUUACUCACUUGAGCAAGAUUAGAGUCUGGUUUAACAGAGUUAAAAAUAUACCACCCUUUGCAGUGUUAACACAGAAACGUGGGACAAAGCUAUGUCACUUUCUACAAUUAUCCCUCUGAACAAAGUAACAACACAGAAGUCUGCAAUGUAAGAAUAUAAAAAUAUUGCUGAAUCACAUAAAGUUGCAGUUGUGAAUCAAGCUGAAAAUAACAGUGAAAUAAGUCAGGCAAAACAGAUUUCUAGAUGACAAAAUAUAUGGUUUAUCAGGCAUCGGUAAACUCUGGCCCUCCAGAUGUUUGGGACUACAACUCCCAUCAUCCCUGACCACUGGUCCUGUUAGCUAGGGAUGAUGGGAAUUGUGGUCCCAAACAUCUGGAGGGCCGGAGUUUGCCUAUGCCUGGUUUAGAUCAAAGAUGGUGUCUGUGCCCAGGCCCCGUAUCCUCUCCCUGUGGCUGCAUGACGAGAAAGAAAGAAAGAAGCUGUUCCUCAGGUGGCAGAAAGUGACAUUCCUGUUGUUUCUCUUCCCACCUGGACAAGCAGAGGAAGUGACCUUGUUGCAGGAAACCCGCCCCCAGUCAUUCAGUUUGUACAAACUUCACUCACACUCACACACUACAUACGCUACGCUUCUGUUAUAAAUUCAUAGAAAAUCAACCAUACAUCGGAUUUGCACUGUUCCACUUUUAUUUUACUCCAUGAAGGAAGGACUACAAAAUGGGGAAGGUUUGAUACAGGCCAGCCAUAAUCCCUUCACCAUCCCAGCACAUCCACAGGAGCCCUGCCCAGUUGCUAUGCCAACUCUGAUGGUCUCAGACAGAAGACCAAUAACAACACAACAGACUGCAUACACGAGUGGAUUUACUAUAACAAAAGAACAGUGAUUGGAUUCCCCCUCAGGGGGCAGGAAACUGCGACUACCUUUUGUCUUCUGAAAAUGACUCAUGGGGAGGGGGAGAAGGGAACCAGCCAGGUGACAGGACACUCAGGUUACCACCACCACCACCCCUCCCUCAACCCCUCCUUUCUGUGAUGUAUGCAUGAUGCUUCUGGGGGUGGGCUUGACCUACAGGAUGGGAAUUUCAAAAGUUUUUAUAAGGCCUUGCACACCAUUUUUCUGUGUUCUUUCCUCUCUCCUGCAAGUGAGGGGAGCACCCUGUUGCAACAGUUCAAUAAAGGCCAAGCCUACAGGCUGCUGUUUUGCUCCAAUUUACUCUGGUUGGUGUCUUUACUUUUUGUCCAAGGGAGCCCUCGGAUUUUUCCGGUAACAACCUCACAGAGUGCCUGGGACUGUGCAGGAAACUCCAUGUGUCUUAAUCCUUUGCUCACCUAGCAAACCUGGGGUUUUGAGUGCUCUGUGCAGACUGGUGGAGAGGGUGGGGGAAGGAAGGGCUACUCUGAGGAGGUGUUCUGUAGCUCAAUGCUGAUCCAGUGUUGCCACUUCUCUCCUCUCCUCUCUCUCAGAAGGCCUCUUCGUCACCGAUUAUUUCACCCGGACCCCCCGCAAGCUGAACCCCUUCCGCUCCUUCACCAGCAUCGAGCUCUUCCAUUUCCGCAUCCCAGAGGACACAGUCGUGGCCGUCUGGAACCUCAUCACCUUCAAAGAGCAGGGGGGCACCUUUGGGGACCAGUGCCCAGACCGAAGCAUCACUGUGUGAGUCAGGGGAACCAGGCGGGGCAAGGAGGGAGGGAGGGAGGGAGGGAGGAAGGGUACCUCAGCCUCUUGGCUGCACAGACUCCUGCCGCCCCUGUGCCCACAGCUUCCCCAGAGUGGGCAGUGCUGGGUUUGGGACAGAGUCCCGGCUGCUUCCAGGAGAAAGAGCUGGGUGUCGCCUCUUCCUUUUGCAUCCUCCUGUGGUGCCUAUGUUGCAAUGAGAUUGGAGAGGGUUCAUGAGCCUGAAAUCUGCUAGCCAGGCUGCCCUGCAACGCCAUCCCUCCUGAGGUCAGAUGGACAGCCAAGUGCUUCUUGAUCUCUUGGGGAAUGCUCAGAAUGGGGCAGACCUAGCGAGGGAACCUUGUAUUCUGUGGGGUAGUGAGAGCCAGUGUGGUGUAGUGGUUAAGAGCGGUAGUCUCGUAAUCUGGGGAACCGGGUUCGCGUCUCCGCUCCUCCACCUGCAGCUGCUGGGUGACCUUGGGCCAGUCACACUUCUCUGAAGUCUCUCAGCCCCACUCACCUCACAGAGUGUUUGCUGUGGGGGAGGAAGGGAAAGGAGAAUGUGAGCCGCUUUGAGACUCCUUAGGGUAGUGAUAAAGUGGAAUAUCAAAUCCAAACGCUUCUCUGUGUAGUCCAAAUUAUUGCUCAUUUCAAUUUAUUGAAACAUGAAAUCGAAGCAGCCUUUCACCUCGGGUCUCAAAGCAGUUUACAAUAUUUAAGAGACGCACAUCAAACUUCGAAAUGGCAAAGGCAUGUCAAACACAGCGGAUGACGCCUGGUGGGGGCAUCUGCCUGGGGAAGGCUGCCCUCAUCUCUGAUGGUGGAGGCACCUGGAGAAAUGUCUCUGAUGAGGCUCUCAAUGCACAAAUGGGGAGAGAAUCCUUGAGGGGCCCCCAGGCCAAGCUAUGGACUGAAAGGUGAUUGCGCCUGGAGAAGGACCUAGAGCCAGUGGGGCUGCUGAGGCCCAUUCCUUCAAGCUUCCCCAGUGAGGAUUCUGGGCUAAUGGAAGUUUCUGGGAAGACUUCAAAAGCAGCCCUUUGUAUAAUGCAUUGCAGUGAUCUACCGUAUUUUUCGCUCUGUAAGACGCACCCGACCAUGAGACGUACCUAGUUUUUAGAGGAGGAAAACAAGAAAAAAAUAUUCUGAAUUUGCUCAGCACUCCCUUUAAAGAGCCGAGCCUGUGUGCGGCUCUUGCUGGCUUUUCCGUGAGGUGGGGAAGGGACGAAGGGCAGCCCGUCUGUCCCCUCUCCCACCUCAGGGAAAAUCCAGGCUCUGCUCAGCGCUCCCUUUAAAGAGUGUGCGGAGUGUGUGUGUGGCUCUUGGGGGCUUUUCCCUGAGGAGGGAGAAGGGACGGAUGGGCUGCCCUCCUCGGGGAAAAGCCAGCAAGAGCCGCACACACGCUCCGCGAGGCUCUUUAAAGGGAGGGCUGAGCAGAGCCUCCCGCCUGCAUUCGCUCCAUAAGACGCACACACAUUUCCCCUUACUUUUUAGGAGGGAAAAAGUGCGUCUUAUGGAGCGAAAAAUAUAGUACCGUAGAUUCCAGUGUAUUAGACGACUGGGCGUAUUAGACGACCCCCCAAAUUGGCAGCUGGGGGGUCAUCUUAUACGCUUCGGCAGCUUUGCUGGGCAGCAGCAGUGGGCGGUGGGCUCCGCACCAGGAGGAAGCCACCCAGCGAAGCCGGCUUAGCAUCCCUGGGCAGCUUCGCUGGGCGGAUUCCUCCCGGUGUGGAGCAGAGGCUGCUGCCCACUGCAGCCAUACCCGGUGUAUAAGAUGACCCCUGACUUUUUAACCUCUUUUCCGGGGUUAACAAGUUGUCCUAUAUACCAGAAUCUACAGAUAUUAUGGAUAGCUAUGACAAGGAGAUUUCUGUUGAGGAGAAGUCCCAGCUGCCUCACCACGUCUAUGCAGCAGGAGCCAGGAGAAAGGACCUGGGCGCCACCCCAUAGACCUGAAGCACCCUUGGGCCUCUUCGGUGGUCAUGGCUUGCCCGAAAGAGGUGGCUCUGGCGGGCAUCUCCGGCCAGCCUCAGAGGGUGGAAGAGGCAUUGGCCAAGUGGACCAUCUGUUGCCUGGAAUGUUUCCUGAGAUUUCCAGAUAGGGAACCAUCUUCCGCAUGAGUCAUCUUCCUGCUCCUUCCCUUCCAAGCCGCACACACAGAGACGUGAGCACAAACACACAAACGCACACACAAACACACAGACCACGACGCUGAAGAUCAAUAUUAAUAACCCAGCACUGAAAUGAAAUUUCGAAAGAAUAAGGGGAAGGAAGAAGCGAUGGUUGCUUCUCCAAGGCAACCGGAGCGCUCCCCUACCCCUCCCAUCGCCAUCUGCUUCCCCGCAGGAGAAAAUGGGGAAAGAGGGUGGAAAAUCACUUCCUGCCAAGUCCCCAGCAAGCCUGGGGGAGAAGAAACCAGCCCCCCUCUCCGCCAAGAGGGUCCCACUCCUCCCUCCCACAGGGGCUCACGGUGGAGGGAACCAGGCCAGGCCGGGCGGGGGGCAGGGGAGAUUGAUGCAUGGCAAUGGGGGGGGGGUCACAGGGUGGCCCACCAGUCACACUUUUGGCAUCGCCUGUCAGGCAAACCUGCAGCAGAGGUUCUGCACCCCCCCCCCAAUGUUGAAGGAAAUGGGACAGAAAGAUGAGUGAGCUUCAGCAACAUUUUCCAGACUAUUCCAGGCAUGGGGGAGCAUGAACUGUGUUGCCCCACCAUCAGCCUUAGCCAAUAGGCAGCUGCCCCCAAUGCACCCAGACCCCCUCUUUGCCCCCAGCAGCCCUGGUGUCCUGAAGCUGGGCUGGAGGUGUUGAUGGGAUGGCAAGCAGGCAAGCAGAAGGAGAGAAGGGAGGGAAGACGGACUGUAUUUGCCUCAGACCAAAUUGGCCAUAGGGAGGGGCUGUCAAGGGGGCCAUGGCCGGCUUGGAGACGCUGUCCUGGGAGCCCCCCCCCCCCGAAAAGAGAGAGGCUGGACAGGAAUCUGCUCGGGCUACACUCAACUCAAAAGAGAAGUUUAGGAACGCCAAGGUUGCAGGUUCAAUUCCCCAAAUGGGACAGCUGCAUCUUCCUGCCUUGCAGGGGGUUGGACUUGAUGAUCCUCGGGGUCCCUUCUCACUCUACAAUUCUAGGAGUCUAUGACUCAAUCACCCCUCAUUUGAGCUCUGAAUGUGUUGCUGUUGCUGUUUUGUAGCUUGCUGGCCUGGGCACAGGAUGGAAUAAAUCAAUAAAGACACCCACCCACCCCCUAUUUUCUUCAUUUCCCCCCUCCCUCUGAAUUCCCCUGAAUUCUCUCUCCUCUCUCUCUCUCUCUCUCUCUCUCUCUCUCUCUCUCUCUUUUUCACACACACACUGGCUCCUCCACUCACCUUCCCCCUCUUUCCUUGGCAGGUACUUCCGCUCUGGGGCGCCCCCUGUCAUCAACCCUCUGCGCACCCACUUCCCCCGGGAUACAGCUGUGCCAGGCUCCUUUGCCCUCACGCUCACCUGGACCCUGCCCAACCGGACCACGGGCGUCUUCAACAUCACCAGCCCCCUGCCUGGGGACUGGUUCCUGGCUGCCCACCUGCCCAAAGAGCAGGGCAAGAUCUCCGUCAAGGUGAGGAAGCUGCUCAGCCUCUCGGCUGGCCAGCCAGGGCUGGGCUGGGGAAGGGACACAGAGUUUCCUGACCUAGGUGGCUGCCUCACCUUGCCUCAUGGGUGGGUCGGCCCUAGGUGAGGAUGACUCCUUCAUUAUUCUUUUUUACAUAGUUUUUAUUAAGGCUUUCCCUUCGGUUAAGAGAGUCUCUUGACUAGGGCUGGGGAAGACCUGAAGCAGUGAGAUGUGGCAAGCAGUCAAGGUGAAAAGCCCAGGGCUGUGAGGACAGGUAGUCUCGUAGAGCUGGAAGGGAAACCGAGGGAUCAUCUAGUCCAACCCCUGGAUGCAGGCAUCUCAACUAAAGCAUCCCUGACAGACAGCCAUCCAACCUCAGCUUGAAAAUCUCCAAGGAAGGAGCGCCCACGAGCUCCAAGGGAAUCUGGCCCAGUGCAAGGCAGCUCAUCUUGGCUCGACUCUUGGGGAUGAAUGCCAGCAGCCCAGCCCCACUCACAGCCUCCAGCCCCCUCUUUGGCCACUCCUUGCCUUCAGUCCCAGCUCCACGCCAGCCCCCUACAACCAAGCACCCAACGUCUUAGGCAUUGGGCCUCCACCUACCCACUUAUUGUAUUUCUAUAUUUCAUUGUAUUUUUAUAUUUUGCUGGCAGCAGCCCAGAGUGGCUAGGGAAAACCCAGCCAGAUGGGCAGGGUAUAAAUAAAUUAUUAUUAUUAUUAUUAUUAUUAUUAUUAUUAUCAUCAUCAUCAUAUAGCCCCGCUUGCCCUCUUUGCAGACCACAAGAAGAAUAGAAUAGUAGAGUUGGAAGAGGCACAAAUGGUCAUCUAGUCCAGCCCCAGGAAUCACAGCUGAUCACCAGGCUUGGGGGGGGAGAUGCUGUGCUGCUGUGAUUGGGCAACCUAUAGCUUGCUGGGGGUGGGGUGCCUGGCUGCCAGCUUGGCGUCAUCCUGGCAACUGGGUGUUUGGGUGGAGGGUCCUCCUGAAAGUUCUAGUGGUGAAUCUGGGCCACUUGCCCGACUGGGGGUGCUGGGGGUCCCCCUUCUAACCGUGUCCCCCCCCCAACAGGGCCUUGCUGAAGACUGCCAGUACCUCUUCCAGCCCCAGCUCAUCGUCCAGCGCCUGGUGGGGAUUGGGGUGCUGUACCCCGGCUAUGUGACGGAGCACGUCCUCUCCCCCCACAACCGCUCCCUGCUGUACAAGUGAGUGCGCAAAGGAGACAGCGCCCCCCCCAGAUGCCCUGCCCCUGCUUGUGGGGAAGAGGAGGAGGAGGGAAAAUGCUAGCAGGGUCCCCAGAGGAAGAGCGACUUGACUUGCAUAAUUAAUCACGCUAAAGGGGCACCUAUGGGAAGAGUGACUUAAUUUGCAUAAUUAAUAAUGCUAGAGGGGCAUAUAGACAAAGAGUGACCUCAUUUGCAUAAUGAAUAAUGCUAGAGGGGCAUCUGCAUGAAGAGUGACCUCAUUUGCAUAAUUAAUCAUGCUGUGGGACACCUGCAGGAAGACUUGCUUGAUUCUCAUAAUCAAUUAAUGCAGGUCCCAGCCUUCCUGCUGGAUAUUCAUCCUUGCCUUUCCUUGGAAGUCCGCAUAGCAAACAGGAAGGGGUGAUGCAGGGUCCUGAGGUGCCCCCCCAGUAGUCCUGCUCCCCCAACACUCAACACUUUGCAGUCUCAAGGGCUGGAACUGCAUCCCUAAAGAAAAGCCGAGGGUCUCCUGAGUUGCCCCCUAAUUCUUCCCCAAACCCUCUUUUCCUUGCCCAGCAGGAGGGGGCCAGUGCCAGACACAUGGCAAUGGAGAAAUGCCCCCCCCCAUUCUGGCCAGACUGGCCCUUGACUCUUCCUCCCUCCCUGGGAGUGGGCCAGCAGCUUCCUGCACCAAAAGCUGGCGUAACCAGCCCACGGUGCACACCCAGCAGUCUGCUCUUCGCCCCUCUGCAUCCGUCACCUGAGGCAGCCACCUCACAUGGCCUCAUGGUAGGGCUGGCCCCCUGCAGGCAGCCUGGGAUGAGCUCCUCCUGGCUCAGAGCCCCCCCUCCCCUCCCCCCCAGGAAUGAGUCCUGGGGCUCAAAGGCACUUUGCUUCUCUCUGAAGGGAGAGCCAGGGCUGACGGGCAGGGUGGGAGCCCUUUAGAUCCUUGGAUCAAUCAAUCAAUCAACUAACCAAUCAAUCAAUCAAUCAAUCAAUCAAUCAACCAACCAACCAACCAACCAACCAACCAACCUCCUCCUCCUACCUUCUCCAGGGUCUUCAUCCCGAGCUACACAUCCCGGGUGCUGGUGCAGCUCAGGAACUGCCACGGCGCCAACCAGAGCGGGGAGGGCUGCCCGCUGUGGCUAAAAGUGCGUGGCAAGGCGCCCCCCCUGCACAACUCCACCGCCGUGGACUGCCGGGGGCGCCCCACCUGCCGCCUGGCCCUGGACCUCCCGUUCUGGCAGAACUGGUACUACAUCCUGGUGGAGAAGUACCUGGGAGUGGCCACCAAUGUCAACUUCCAGCUGGUGGUGCAACUGAAGGGUGAGCGAGGGGCUGGACUGGGAGGAACUGGGGCAGGAGGGGCAGAGCAGGCGGGGGGGGUCCUACAAAGGCCUCCUGGGAAUCUGCAAGCGGACAAGGAACAAGGCAAGGUAUAGAGAGGCUCCUUCAAUCCUCAGCUAAGGAAGAAUCGGGGGUGGGUGAGGAGGAGGAGGACCGCCCAGGAGGGUGAAAAUAACACUUACAGUCAUACCUCAGGUUACAGACGCUUCAGGUUACGCGUUUUCAGGUUGCGCACCGAGCCAAACCCGGAAGUACCAGAACGGGUUACUUCCUUGUUUUGGCGCUCACGCAUGCACAGAAACACUAAAUUGCGCUUUGCACAUGCGCAGAAGCGCCGGGUCGCAACCUGCGUGUGCACAGACACAGCGCUGCGGGUUGCGAACGUGCCUCCCGCACGGAUCACGUUCGCAACCUGAGUGUCCACUGUACUCAGAAUACUCAGAUAUUGCAGCUUUGCUCAGACAGGCUUACAAUGGUAAUUUGGGUACAAAGGCAUCCUUAAGUCUAGCUUGAAUUGGAACUCAGACUUAGCAGAUGUCCUCACUUUCUGGCUUGGUGGUGAAGAGACGAGGAAGAGACCUUGCAGGUAAGGAGAAUAUCUACAGCUAUGUGCCUAUCAGGGCACAGUGGAGUCUCUCUCACGGAGUUCCUCUUGCAAACUUACAGGAAAACUCCGCGAGCUUCAGCUCCUGUCAUGCACCUGUCUAGCAAAACAUGGAUUGUUGGUUUGACUGCAGAUGGGCGGGGUAUAAAUUUCAAAUUAUUAUCAUAUUAUUAUUACAUUAAAAUAAUACCAUUACACAUCAUCACAAUCUCCAAGCGGUGCAAGGCUGUGGGGGGUUCCAGGCCCUUGCCCAGCCGGGGUUCAGAGCCAAGGGAGGGGACAGACAGGCAGACAGACCUGGUGGAGGUGAGGGGGCCCUGCCAGCACCUGUCCCCUGACCUGCCCCCUUCUGCUUCUCCCCCCCCCCCAGACUGCUCUCGGACUGGCCUCGUUCGCGCCCUCUUCCAGCUGCCGGGCUCCAGCCUGAACAUGCCCCACUCUUUUGGCUCCAUGGGGGGGCUGCCCCUGGCGGAGGUCCUGCCCCCCUCUGUGCUCAACAGCACUCAGCGCCCGGCGCCCAGUCCGGGGCCAGCGGCCAGCGAGUGCUGCCGGCCCAUCCGCCCCACCCUGCGCAACGAGCUGGACACCUUCUCCGUCCACUUCUACAUCUUCUUUGGCCCCAACGUCUCGGUGCCCCCCGACCGGCCGGCCAUCUUUGCCAUCAACCUCCUGCCCAUCCUGGACAGCGGAGGAGCCCUCAACCUGGAGCUCAGGCUGAAUGUGGUGAGUCUCGGGGGGGGGGGCUCGGAUUGUGGGACCUCAGAGUGGGCAAGGGAAGCGCUGGCAAGGAAGCGGCUAGUGGGGAGUGGGGAGCUCAGGCCUGUGGGGCCCCAGCAGGAGUGUGGGGGUGCUGAGGCUGAAUAUGGAAUUUGCUCCCAGUUUUGGCCCCAACCCCAGUGGCUUUGUAAUGAACAAAAAUCUUCCCUUAUUCCCCUAUGGGGAACACAAGAGCCCUUAGAGAGUCCUUUGUGGGUUCUCCAUCAGUAGGAGAAAAUAACAGAGGCCAACCAGAGAAUAUUGAGAAGCAAAGCAGCUUGUAAGCCUGAUCUUUAUUGAACUGUUGCAACAGCGUGCUCCCUUCACGCAGGAAAGGAGGAGGACCCAGAACAAAGGUAUGUCUGCCCUUAUAUAGACAUUUUAAAUUGCCCGCCCUGGAGUCCAAGACCACCCCCAGAAACAUCACACAUACAUCACAGAAGGGGUGUAGCUCAAGACCACCCCCAGACACAUCAUACCUACAUCACAGAAAGGGCGGUCUACAACAGAAAUCUUUGAGUGUGGUGUAUUGUUUAUCUCCUGUCUGGCAAGUUACCUGUUAAUGCUUACUUGAUUGGAUUGCCUGGGGAGCCUGGCCAGUCUUUUGUAAUGAUAAAUACUUAGUUCCUGGACCAGGUCACAGGCUCACACCCUGUUCAAACACAGACAUACCCUUAAGACAGGCUUUGUGAAGGAAAAGACAAUGGGGAGGCUUUUCCAUUUUCCUUGACCUUGCAGAGAAAACAUUUGGUCAGUUUGGGAGUCAAAAUGGUUUCAGGGCUGUUUUCCUGUGCUGCUUCAGACGUGUGGUUUAAAUGAGACAAAUCCAUGGAGCAGGGGAGGGCUCUCGGUGGCUUUGUUAUAGGAAUUCUAAGGUCUUAUAUACAUUAAAUAAAUGUUCAUAAAUGUACAAGGCAAACACGUACAUAAGUAUAUAAAGCGCAUGUCUGAAAUAGUGCAGGAGAACAAUCCUCAAGCCAUUUUGACUCUCCUAAAUGGACCUCAAAUAUUUCUCUGCAAGGAGGAAGGAAAUGGGAAAAGCUUUCCAAUGGUCUUUGGACUGUAGGGGCUGCUUACACCUUCCUGUAAAUACAGCCUGGCAAGUAUCUGUUAAGUUGAGCACACUCUCAAUAUGUGUAAGAGGUUCAGGAAGUAUUUACCAUCUCAAAGGAAUGACCAGGAUACCCAGAAAAGGCAACCAAGUAAGGCCUUAUCAGGUAUCCUGGCAGACAAGAGAGAAGCAACACUCGCAAAUUUCUGCUGGAGACCACUUCUUUGUGUGAUGUAUGUAUGAUGUUUUGGGGGGUGGUCUUAAGCUACAGGGUGGGCAGUUUCAAAAGUCUAUAUAAGAGCUUGCACACCAAUGUUCUGGGUUCCUUUCCUCCCUCCCUUCGUGGGGUGAGCGGGGGACCCUGUUGCAACAGGUCAAUAAAGAUCAGGCUUACUAGCUGCUUUGCUUCUCAAUACUCUCUGGUUGGCCUCUGCUAUUUUCUCCUACCGAUAGAGAAGCUACAUAAGGACUCUGUAAGGGCUCUUGGAUUCCCCAUAAGGGAAAAGGAGCAGUUUUUCUUAUAACAGCUACUAGCCAGGGUGGUCAGAGGAAGUGAUGCUUCUGAAUCCCAGGUGCUGGAAACUGCAGGAGGGGAGGGGCUCUGGUCCCUGAAUCCCCCUUGUGGGUUUUUCUCCUUGGGGCAUCUGGCUGGUCGCGGUGUGAACAGGAUGUGGACUUGAUGGGCCACUGGCCUGAUCCAGAUCCAGAUCCAGGGCUCUUCUUUUGUUCUUACUGAUAGUCUAAUGCUCCAGCUUCAGGAAGGGUUCAUUCCAAAAUUUUAAAUUUUAUUUAAAAUAUAUUAAACAUCCAUCUGCUGUGUCUUAGCUCGUGUUCCCAGGCCGUGGUCUGUUGACGACGAGCGGUCUGUGACCAUCACCACCUUCUUCAUCAUCUAUUAAAUUUGUAUACCAUCAUUCAUCCGAAGAUCCCAGGGCAGUUCACAACAGAAAAAUGCAAAAUGAGAAUACAAAAUACGUAAUAUAAAAUCGAAACAGAAACCAGACCUAGAACUCAUUCAUUCAGGUAGUCUGCGAUAUGUCCGCAUUAAAUAUCCACAUUGAUUUUUUAAUUGUAUUUUCAUUACUUCUUCUCUUUCUUAUAUUGGAUUUAAUGCACUAAAAUGCAACAUAAGAAAUAAGUGAAGCAAUGAAAAUUGAAAUUUUAAAAUCACACAUCUGGCCCGGCCCAGCGCAUUACAAUUUCUACAACAGGCAGGAAAAUCUGUGAGUGGUCCACGAAGACCCUCAGCAGUUCACAAGUGGUCCAGGGGUUUGGGAUACCACCCUGCCCCCCCCCCAUGGAAGAAUGCUUGAGGCAAUGAGCUCAACGGCACAUUUGACAACUCAGUAAGACCAGAGGCUGCCGUCUCUUUCCACAGUCCUCUCUGCGAGGGGAGAACGCCACCGUUUUUGCCUGCCUGAAUCACGAGGUCCCGUUGGCGUCCGAAGAGAACUCCUCAGUCACCUGCGAGACAGGUAAGGCUCAGGCCAGGUUAGCCUCCCCCCCCCCCCGUGGCUUGCCAGGGCUGCUCUCCCUGCAGAGUGAAGGGGAGACACCCCUGCCAGGCGGGGAAGGUGGGUGGGUGGCCAGCGGGUGACGUUCUGGGCCACUCUUUGGGCUCACCUGCUGCUUUCCUCUCCCUUGGCAGAGCUGCUGGCGGGGUACCUCCUGUCCAUCAACGCCACGGCCCCCCUGACCCGCUUGCGGAUCCCGUACCCCCAGACUGGGAGCUGGUACCUGAGUCUGCGCUUGCUGUGUGCCGCCGACCGUGGGUGAGGCUGCCAGCAGGAGAGACAAUGACCACCCCCUGCCCUCCCCCCAAGGCUCCUUUUCCAGCAGGGGCUGGCUGGAAUGGGGGGGGGUGUUCCUUCCAGGGACACACAUGGGGGGGGGCUUAAUCCUACUUCUGAAGCCACUUCUGCCCCCGCCCCAGUGGGAUCCGGGUGUGCGUUUGCUGUCAUUACAAGCAGAGCUGCCCCACUGCACCCCACUGGGCUUGGGGCUGACACCUGCAAGACGAAUAAGACCUGACUCUUGUCUAGGGGGCGGGGUGGAGGGGCCCAGAGGAAGGGGGAGGGUUCUUCCAACACUUUUGCCCUCCCCUUCUUCUGCAAAGGCUUUCUUCCAUUUGCUUGUUUGUUGCAUUUAUCUUUUAUUCUCCAGGGGCCUCCAAGGGCAUAUAAAAUUGUAGAGUUGGGAGGGACCCAGAGGGGUCAUCAAGUCCAACCCCCUGCAAAGUGCCCCUCCCACUCAUCAUUUAAUCCUCACACAACAAGCUGGUGAGGUAGCUUAGGCGGAGAGGCAGCGCCUGGCUCCAAAUGCACCCAGUGUGGAUUUGAACCCUGUUCUCUCAGGUCCUAACCCAACACUCUAACCCCUACACCACACUGCCUCCCUCCCUUUCAGGCCCCUUCCCCUGAUCCCUUGCCCCGUCCUCAGCUGCCUUCCUUCUCCCCCUGCCAGGCUGGAGCCCUGUGGCAAUGUGACGGCCGAGGUUUACCUGCGCACUUACCUGUCCCCCUGCAUCAACGACUGCGGCCCCUACGGCCAGUGCAAGCUCCUGCGCACCAACAACUACCUGUAUGCAGCCUGCGAGUGCAAAGCGGGUGAGUUGCUCCGGGAGUCUGGGUUGCAGAGCAGGGAGUCUGGCCUACCUGCGACCCCAGGGAGGCCGGGCGAUGCCACCGUCCUCUCAGAGCAAGCUGCCUUGCUCUGCCCAGUCGCCAGAGCCCGGGAGGAAGAGAAGGGGCCACAGCUCAGUGGGGGGUCCCAGGCUCAAUCCCUAAUGGCAAAACAACAAACAAACAAUCCUAUGGUCACAUAAAGCAUAAUAAACACAUGAGACGUACCGGCUGUGUUCUUAGGUAAAUAAAGUAUACUAUUCAUUUCAUCAGGGACGCGGGUGCCGCUGUGGGUUAAACCACAGAGCCUAGGACUUGCCGAUCAGAAGGUCGGCGGUUCGAAUCCCCGUGACGGGGUGAGCUUCCGUUGCUCGGUCCCUGCUCCUGCCAAACUAGCAGUUCGAAAGCACGUCAAAGUGCAAGUAGAUAAAUAGGUACCGCUCCGGCAGGAAGGUAAGUGUUGUUUCCAUGCACUGCUCUGGUUCGCCAGAAGCGGCUUAGUCCUGCUGGCCACAUGACCCGGAAGCUGCACGCCUGCUCCCUCGGCCAGUAAAGUGAGAUGAGCGUCGCAACCCCAGAGUCAGCCACAACUGAACCUAAUGGUCAGGGGUCCCUUUACCUUUAUCCAUUUCAUCAAAUCGUAAAUUUCAACGGAAGUACCUCAUAAUGUAAACAAACAAACAAAGCAGUGAGUUCUCUAGUGAGUUCAUGCAUAAGGUCCAUCUGUGUAAUAGUGUCUAUUCCACCUGUCUGUUCAUAAUUUCCAAACAAUCCACAUAAAAGGUUGUUACAGAAUCCUUUCACAGAGUCUAAGACAAGGAUUUCCAGAAUAUUGGCCUUGUUUUGCCAUCCUGUAAUAUCACAUAUGAGCUUUACCUACUGAUGAAGCCCAGACACUAUUGCACAGAUGGACCUUAUGCAUGAACUGACUAGAGAAUGAUCUGAUCCACUGGGUCUUCUGAUUUGUUCGUUUGUUGAACUUUAUGAGUUAAUUCCGUUGAAAUUUGCGAUUUGAUGAAAUGAAUAGUAUACUUUAUUUAUGUUACCGGUAUUUACCUAAGAACAAUCCCUAAUGGCAGCAUCUCUUGUUCUGGGUCCCCCCUGUGGCUGCCAGCCCUGACUCCUCUCUCUCUCUCUCUCUCUCUCUCUCUCUCUCUCUCUCUCUCAGGUUGGAGCGGCUGGGGCUGCACGGACAACACAGCCGCCUUCUCCUACGGCUUCCAGCUCCUCUCCACCCUCCUUCUCUGCCUCAGCAACCUCAUGUUUGUGCCUCCAGUGGUGAUUGCUGUCCGGAGCAACUACAUCUUGGAGGCUGCUGUUUACAUCUUCACCAUGUUCUUCUCCACGGUGAGUGGCAGCAGGCCGGGGGUGGGGGUCGGUCCAGGCCCAAGAGGUCUUGCCAGGAGCCCCAACAGCGGCAUGCAGUGAAAUUGGUUGUAGGGGAACAGGUAGGCCCAAAGGCAACAGCCUGUGAAGGUGAUUGGGGUGUGUGUGUGUCACUCAGAGGAUUGCACCUCCUGCCCUAAAGCCGAGCAGAAGUUUCCUGGGUGCUAGGCUUUAAUACUCUAGUUUGCUGGGAACAUUGAGGGGACCAACCUAGUCCCCCAGUCCACAGACUGCACGGCACUGAGCCCCAAUGUGUUAAAGAGCAAUACAACUUGGAGUUGGGCUUCCCAACUUCACCAGGGUCUAGCCCUGCGGGUCCAGAAAUCAGUCAGGUUCAAAACGGAGCCUGUAGCCAACUUAAAAUGAAGCAAAACCGCAGCAGUUACACCCCGGGGGCAAAGCGCAGCUCAGCUCCUGUGCACCUUGUGAAGGGAAAAUUCUGGGUGCAGGUUUCUUCCACUGCCCAGCUCAUUGGGGUGCCGCUCCCCAUGGGUCUCUCCUGGUCAGCAAAAGAAGGAAUCUCCUGCCAAGAAGCAAACAGCAGUCAGUAGACCGGAUCUUUAUUUGUUGCACCAGGGUUCACACACACAUCGAGUAAGAACCCUGAGCAGGGGGUUGCGUGAACUUUUAAGACCUCUCCCCAUUUCCCAUAAUACAUUCUUCAACAGCAUCAUUGAUACAUCACAAAUAUAUCACAGAGUAGGAGGGUUUGGCAUGUAGAAACUUGAGCCCAUCCCCCACCCCUGUCAAUAACCCCAGGUCCCCACACCUUUGAACUACCCUCUUUCCUAAAGAACAAUAAAAGUGUUCACACAUCGCCCUGGCUGCAAGGCUUUCCUGCCCUUCUCCUUUGAAAGUAUCAGGAUCCAAUCCACCAUCCUGAUGGGUUUCUGUCUUGACUGCCUCCUACCUCCUAUUGUGUGGCUACAUUCACACCUUGUGGAGGGGGAAGAAGGAUGUGACCUCAUGCUGAAGGGAUUGUGGAGACAGGGGAGACUUGAAUUCCACUCUUCCAGAGAAGUCAUUAGCCCCUGGAACCAAGGAAAUGGGUCAAGCCGCUGAAUUUUGGUGAUUAUUUGAUUCUGUAUUGGAUUGUCAAGAGCACGAUACAUGGUAUCUGCUUAUUGCUACAAUUUGAUAGACUGGUUUUCUGUUGUGUAUGUCUGGUGCCUGUGUCAACGGUCAUUGUCCUGGCCUUAGAGGCUGUGAUGGGGACUUGGGUUUUUUGGGGAGUUGUUUAAGACCCAUUCCUGGUCUUAACAACCUUCAUGGCUCCAUAACCCUCUCACUUCAGUGGGGCAAGUUCCCUGGCACCAGAGCUGAGCAGUGCAAUGCCAGGGCCUGCUGCCUCUCCUGCUAAUGCAAUGCCCUCCCUGGGCCUGCAGCCUUGGCACUGCCAACCUCACCAACAGCUAGUUCUGUCCCUGUCCCUGAGGCACCUUUCAGCUCUGCAGCCUCAUUUUCAAAGCAACUAGAGAAGAGGACUGCUGCCUUCUUGGUGGGCCCUCACAGCUUGCUUCAUGUUCAGCUGCUUCCCAGACACUUUCCUCACUCUCACAUGGGGAGCUGGCAUUUCCCUUGCGCUUCCCACACUGCCCAACCCCUCCCCCCUCCCGCCUCUGCUCCUCCUGCUCAGUCAGCGCCAGCGCAGACCCCAUCAGGGUAUUGUGUGCAGCGAGAACAGCAAAGACGCCGUGUGCCACCUGAAAGUCCCACAGAGCUUUUGCGUGACAAAAGUCAGCUUCCGGUGCCCCUUCCUUCUUCCGUCCCUCCAGUUCUACCACGCCUGUGACCAGCCGGGCAUUGUGGUCUUCUGCAUCAUGGACUACGAUGUGCUGCAGUUCUGUGACUUCUUGGGGUCCCUCAUGUCCGUCUGGGUCACCGUCAUUGCCAUGGCCCGCCUCCAGAUGGUCAUUAAGCAGGUGAGGCGACCAAAGGUGUGGGAAGUCACUAGCUGUGAUACCUGCAGCGUGGGGGGUUGGACUAGAUGACUGCUGAGGGUCCCCCUUCAACUCUACAAUUCUAUGAUCUGCAACAAGCUUGGCAAGAAGGACAGGGGAAGGGCUUCCUUGCGAGGCCAGUGCCACGCGGGAUGCCCACAGUGAGUCACUGGUGUUUGUGGCAGGACCAGUGGGGCCACUUAUGGGGCUGGGGGGCUUCCUUGGAAAAAGAGUGGGGAGCCUUGUGGGAAUGUGCAGGGAUGCAGGAGAGAAUAUAUUGUCGGAUUAUAGCCUUUCCAACUUGUGUUUACUAGUUCCACAAUUUAGCAGAGUAACAUUCCCCCUUUUAAACUCACAGCGAAUGUGUUUGCUCAGGCUCGCUAAAGCCUCUAUAAUAACUGUUCUGGUAUUUCCCCCUUAUUCCCUCAUAAAAGAUAAGACAAGACACAGUCUUCUAUAAAAGUAUAAAAAGGUUUACUCACACAUCAUUCUGUUCACAGUCGGAUCCCAGAAGGCAGACUUAGCUUAGAAAAGUAACAUGCACCUGGAAACUAUCUCAUAAGGAGACAGUCCCUUUGUCCUCUCUUGGCUGGAGGCCAAGAGUGCAUCUUUGGCUAAGCAGAUGCUGCUGCUUUGAUGCAUGUAGUCAAAAGAGAGAGGUGGCUGCUCUGCCCUGUGCUUUUGUCAUUACCUGCGCAGGUGAGGCCACGCCCACCUCUAGUCACAUGCAGAGGAAGUCUGUCCCAGCCCAGAAGGAAACAGGAAGUUGACCUGCUGGCUGGACAAACAUUCCUCCCCUUGUGUAAGCAUGGUCACUCUAGGAAUGUUGGCUCUUGGGUUUAACAUCCCACAAGCCUCACCAGGAGAGGAGAGGAGGCAGCCAGGGCGUCUUAUAGGGGGCGUCUUAUACAUGGAAAAAUACAGUACUUCCCCCCCCUUACCUGUACUGAUGAUAGUCAUUGUUUGGAUGGGGGGCUUUUAUUCAUUUCCACAGUCACACAAUCAAUCAAUCAGUAGCUGAACUGGGUUCCACACAGUCGCAAAAACAAAUUAACAAAUUAACUGAAAAAGCCUCAAAAACAAAAAUGCAAAAUAAAUAGCAAAAACAAAAGCGCCAAACUUAAUAUGUUCCGGAAGUCUGUUUGACUUCCGAAAUGUUUGAAAACCAAGGAGCAGCUUCUGAUUGGUGCAGGUGCCAUGGAAACAAUAGCCGACAUCAGCAUUGGAUGUCUGGCUUCCAAAAACGUUAGGAAACCGGAACACUUACUUCCGGGUUUUCAGUAUUUGAGAACCAAGGCGUUUGAGAACCAAGGCACCACUGUAAUUGGACAGAGCUAAAAGCAACUUCUCAGGCACACAGGAAGAAUCCAGUUCAGGACAUACCUCCCCACAUCUUUGGAGGACCUCUCAGCUCCCCUCCCCGCCACCCACAUGGUUUAAUCCCUUUCACUACAGGUGCAUCUUCAGCAUCCACACCAAAGGGUUCCUCCGCCCCACUCACACAGCCCCCCCCCUUUCUCCCCUGGGCAGGUGCUCUACCUCCUGGGCGCCAUGCUGCUCUCCAUGGCCUUGCAGCUGGAUCGACACGGGCUCUGGAACCUCCUGGGCCCCAGCCUCUUUGCCUUAGGGAUCAUGGCCGUCGCCUGGGUGAGUAGGGACAUUGCUUGCUCGCUCUCUUGCCAGAAGGGGGCAGGCAGGGCCGCUUGGCAAAGAUUUCUGGCUGGCUUACAUAUCUGGGGUUAUGGCCCCUGAAAUCCUGUCCGUCUCUCGUUUGUUUCCAUGAAGAAGAAGAAUAAUAAUAAAUUAUUAUUUAUACCCCGCCCGUCUGGCUGGGUUUCCCCAGCCACUCUGGGCGGCUUCCAACAAAACACUAAAAUACAAUAACCUAUUAAACAUUAAAGCUUCCCUAAACAGGGCUGCCUUCAGAUGUCUUCUAAAAGUCUGGUAGUUAUUUUUCUCUUUGACAUCUGGUGGAAGGGUGUUCCACAGGGCGGGCGCCACUACCGAGAAGGCCCUCUGCCUGGUUCCCUGUAGCUUGGCUUCUCGCAGGGAGGGAACCGCCAGAAGGCCCUCAGAGUAAUGGGGGUGGAGACACUCCUUCAGGUAAACUGAACCGAGGCCGUUUAGGGCUUUCAAGGUCAGCACCAACACUUUGAAUUGUGCUUGGAAAUGUACUGGGAGCCAAUGUAGGUCUUUCAAGACUGGUGUUAUAUGGUCUCGGCAGCCGCUCCCAGUCACCAGUCUAGCUGCCGCAUUCUGGAUUAGUUGUAGUUUCCGGGUGACCCCCAAAGGGAGCCCCACGUAGAGCGCAUUGCAGUAGUCCAAGCGGGAGAUAACUAGAGCAUGCACCACUCUGGCGAGACAGUCUGCGGGCAGGGAGGGUCUCAGCCUGCGUACCAGAUGGAGCUGGUAGACAGCCGCCCUGGACACAGAAUAGAGAACUUAUUUGUAUGGGACCUAGAGAACUGGUCCUGACGCCCCUCUCCUUCCUCCGCAGACGGCACGCAGCAUCCGCCGGAGGCACUGCUACCCUCCCACGUGGCAGCGCUGGACCUUCUACCUGCUGCCCGGAGCGCUGAUCGCUGCCUCGGCGGUGCUGCUCUACGCCUUUGUGGAGACGGAGGAGAACUACUUCUACAUCCACAGCAUCUGGCACAUGCUCAUCGCCGGCAGCGUGGGCUUCCUGCUGCCCCCCCAGGCCAAGCCCGAGUCCCCCGGCCUGGCCGGCCCCCUCCCUCGCCGGAAGGGCUGCGGCUACCAGCUGUGUAUCAACGAGCAGGAGGAGCUGGGCUUGGUGGACUCCGGGGCGGGGGCCUCCGUCACCAGCGUCUGCACCAGCUGA